AUGACCAUGGAGACAUAUCGGUACACACUAGCUGUGUUGAUUGCACUGACUGGGUUUGGGCCGUCUUAUUCAGGUUUGACUUCAGACAUUGGUCCUCCUUUAAAACCAGGCCAGUGCCCUCGCUUUCUUUUUACCUUCCCAUCACGGUUGGGAUGCACAUCAGACCAAGACUGUCCUGGAGAUCACAAAUGCUGCACCUAUCAUUGUGGAUCUGUCUGUGUGGGUCCUGUUUACAUAAAGGCAUUGUGUCCUGAUACAAGUGGGACAGGGACGUGUGAUGAGCUGUGCAUUAAUGACAAUGACUGCAUAAAUGGUAAAAAAUGCUGCUACAAUGGGUGCGGAUAUGAGUGCAUGCCACCAAAAAUAGUGAAACCAGGUCACUGCGGUUUCAUCCCCUUUCAGCCAUGCGGGGACAGCUGCUAUCAUGAUGGAUAUUGUGCAGGUGAUGAAAAGUGCUGCCCAUCAUUUUGUGGCCAUUUCUGCAAAAAUCCAAUUUGAC